AUGAAAGCUAUUCCUUAUGCAUCAAUAGUUGGGAGUCUUAUGUAUGUCCAAAUAUGUACAAGACCAGGCAUCAAUUUUGCUGUUGGAAUGCUGGGUCGAUAUCAAAGUAAUCCUGGAAUGGAUCACUGGAAGGCUGCAAAGAAAGUAUUACGAUACUUACAAGGAACGAAAGAUCAUAUGCUCACUUAUAGAAGAUCUGAUCAUCUAGAUGUGGUUGGAUAUUCAGAUUCAAAUUAUGUUGGUUGUGUGGAUACAAGAAAAUCCACAUUUGGAUAUUUAUUUCUGUUAGGUGGAGGAGCAAUAUCAAGAAAGACUGCGAAGCAAUUGUUAUAG